AUGACGGUUAGCCAAGUGCUAACCGAGGACUUCCCUCAACUCCCGCCUCCAAAGGCUGCUAAGAGGGCGCCUGCAAAGGCUGCGAAUAAAAAUCAGGGCGAAAAGCGGGCUGUUGCACAGCCUGUGGCAUUGCCGCCUAAGCAAGGGUGGACUCUGGUGGAGAAGAAGAAGAAGAGGAAGAAAAGCAAGGCGGAGGCUAAAGCACGAAGAAGGGCUCCUAAACUCCGCUCUCCCUCGUCCUCGGCUGUGGUCAUAACCCUGCAGCCGGGUGCGGAGGCGCGCAGGGUCACGUACGCGUCUGUAAUGGCUGAGUCUCGGCAAAAGAACGACCUCACGGCGAUCGGCGUAGGCGCCCUGCGCUUUAAGCGUGCAGGGCCAGAAUUUUGGAAGAAACUUCCGACUGAAAACUCACUAGCCGAUGUAUUCAGUCUUGUACCUUAUUAUGACAGUGACAGCACAUUGUCUGAAAAUGACGAUAUACCACCAAAGAACUUCAUUAUGGCGGCUGAUGACAAAAAUGAAAAACACCACCAACAUUCUCAACUUUCAUCAAACAGUUCAUCAUCCUCAUCGUCUUCUAGCUCUUCGUCGUCUUCUAACUCGUCAUCGUCUUCUUCGGACUUGGAAAGUGGCCAAUCUACACAACAAUUAAAUCCUCACCCAUUGCCGACUACCCACAUAACUGUUAACGAAACAACGGACAAUGAAGUUAUUGAAAAUACACCUCCGCAACAACAGGUUAGUAAAGUGCUGCACAAAACAUAA